CAUUUAGACAUCAUUUCUUAAUCAAGCACAGAAUAAUUACUCCUGCAUGAAAUGGCAUCUGCAGACGGUGAAUCUGAAGCUGAUGUCGAGAAUCGCAGCAGGAGCCCGGAGAAAAUAAGACCAGACUUCUCAGAGCUCCGUAUUAUUCUGCUGGGGAACAGCUGGUCAGAGAGGAGAUCACUGGGGAACUUCAUCCUGAAAGAAACAAAGAUAAUCAGAGAUAAAGCACCAGACCAGUGUGAGAAAUUCAGUGGAGAGUUUGAGGAUAAAUCAAUAACCAUCAUCAACACCCCAGACCUCCUGCGUUCCAGCCUGUCUGAAGAUGAACUCAGUGAUCAUGUGGAAAGCUGUGUGAUCCUCUCUGAUCCUGGACCUCAUGUGAUCCUGCUGGUUCUGCAGCCUGAUGAUUUCACUGAAGAACAGAAAUCGAGGCUCUGCAGGUUCCUGACACGUCUGAGUGAUCAAUCAUUUGAUCAUUCAAUGGUUCUGAUUUCCACACCUAGAGAGGAGAGAGACGAUGAUUCACCUGAUCUACUCUUAAAGGACAUGGUUGUUAAAUGUCAGUACAGACACUUGCAGCUGAAGAAUAUUGAUCGUGCUGAGCUGUUAACACGUUUAGGUCAAAUAGUAAAAGAAAACAAUGGAUCUCUGAGCUGUGAUGUGUUCAAGGAUGCAGCACAAAAACUAACUGAAGAUGUCAGGAAAGAGAAAGUCCGUCUGAUUUCUAGUCCUACAAUAGAGAACGCAGAUGAACUCAGGAUUGUGAUGUUUGGAAAAAGUGAGGACAAGAAGAAAUCCCUCUGUACCGCCAUCUUGAAUAAAAAGCAAAGCCAAAACAUAUUUUACAAACUGAACCCCUUCAAGCACAGUGAGUUCGCUCAUGGGAAAUGGAGAGGAAAACCAGUGAAGGUUGUAAAAGCUCCUGACAUCUUCAGUCUCUCAGUCGAAGCUUUAAUAGAAGAAAUAAAGAGCUGUGUGACUCUUUGCCUUCCUGGACCAAAUGUUCUGCUGCUGUUAGUUAAACCUUCAGAUUUCACUGAGAAGGACAGGAAAACACUGAAGUUUGUCUUGAGUUUGUUUCAUCAAGAUGGUUUCAAACAUGCCAUGAUUGUAUUAACUCAUGAUGAAGAAAUGAAUCCCUCUGUUAAUGAACUGCUGGAAGAAUGUGGUGGAAGACACUACAUUAUGUUUAAAGAGGAUCAUAAAGUGUUAAUGCAGAAGAUCCAGAACAUUGUGGAUAUAAAUAGAGAAACAUUUCUCACAUUCUCAAAAGACUCCAGCAAAUCCCAACCUAAAGAGAUGAAACCUUCACUGAACCUGGUUCUGUUUGGGAGGAGAGGAGCAGGGAAGACGGCAGCAGCCAAGGUCAUUCUAGGUCGGCCAGAUCUUCCUUCAGAGUGUGUCAGAAACCAGGGAGAGGCGUUUGGACGUUGGGUUUCUCUGGUGGAGCUGCCUGCCUUGGAUGGAAAAGCUCAGCAGGAAGUGAUGGAGGAAUCCUUCAGGUGUGUCUCCCUCUGUGACCCUGAGGGUGUCCACGCCUUCAUCCUGGUCCUACCUGUGGGUCCCCUCACUGAUGAAGACAAGGGAGAGUUACACACCAUSCAGGACACAUUCAGCUCCAGAGUCAAUGACUUCACCAUCAUCCUCUUCACUACAGACUCAGAUCCUAAACAUCCAGCUGUUGUUAACUUUGUACACAGAGACAGAGACAUCCAGGAUUUCCUCCAGAUCUGUGGAGGAAGACAUAUUAUUCUCAACAUCAGAGACAGACGGCAGAUCAAAGAACUGAUUCUGAGGGUAGAAAGUACAAUUGUUGACAAGAAUAGACCAGAUGUUUACACAUCAGAGACAUUUUUAAAAGCGCAAAUCAAGAAAAACAUACAACAAAGUCAACACAUCACCAAACUAGAGGCUGAAAUAAAGAAAUUCAAACAAGCAGAGAUGGAUCUGAGUGCUGAAUCAGAUCAGAGCUCCAAGUCUCUAAGGAUUGUCCUACUUGGAAAGACCGGUUGUGGAAAGAGCUCGUCUGGAAACACGAUUCUGGGACGCAAAGCCUUCAAAGCCGAGCUCAACCCCAAAUCAGUCACAAAACUUUGUUGGAAAGAAGAGUGUGAGGUGGACGGCCAUCAUGUUGCUGUGGUCGACACACCUGGUCUGUUUGAUGACAGUUUGAGCCACGAAGAAGUGAAUGAAGAGACUUUGAAAUGUAUGAGUCUCCUGGCUCCAGGUCCGCAUGUUUUCCUGCUGGUGAUACGGAUCGGCAGAAUCACACCAGAGGAGAAGGAAACAGUAAAACUAAUAAAGCAAGGCUUUGGGAAAGGUGCUGAAAAGUUCACCAUCAUACUUUUCACCUAUGGAGAUACACUGGAAAAUGAUGAGCAAACGAUUGAAGAAUACAUAGAAAAAGAUAAAGAUUUCUUUGAGAAGCUGAUCUCUGACUGUGGAGGAAGAUACCAUGUAUUUAUUAACAGUAAAAAACAGGAUCGAUCUCAGGUGAGAGAGCUGAUCAGAAAGAUCAACACCAUGGUGAAGAACAAUGGAGGAAGCUGCUACACCAACGAGAUGCUGCAGGAGGCUGAAGCUGCUAUACAGAAAGAAAUGAAGAGAAUCCUGAAGGAGAAAGAAGAAGAGAUGGAGAGAGAGAGGAAAGAACUUAGGAGAAAAUAUGAUGAAGAAAUGCAAAAAAUGAAAAGGAAAAUGGAAGAAGAAGAAGAAAAACUAAAACAGGAGGCAGAAAGAAAACUGAAGGAAAUGAAAGAAAAUAUUGAUAAAGAGAAAGAGAAAGAGCUAAAGGAAAGGGAAUUAGAAGAAACAAAACAAAAAGAAGAAGAGGAGAAGAGAAAACAGGAGCAACAAAGAAAACUGAGAGAACUUGAAGAGCAGUACAAGAAAGAGCAUGAAAGAUAUGAAGAGGAAAGAAAGAAGGAGGAACAGAGCAGAAGAGAAGAGGAGGAAAAACAACGAAAUAUUUUAGAGGAAAAACUGGAGAAUCUUCAAAAGGAAUAUGAAGAGAAAGCGAGAGAAGAAGCUGUCAGGUCCAACGAAUUCAAGGAGAAAUAUAAAAAGAAGUUUGAAGAUCAGAAGAAAGAACAUCAGGAGCAAAUGAAGGACAAAGAUGAGAAAUACGACCUGUUGAAGGCACUGGAAACAUACAAAGAAACUGAAAAGAGGAAAAAAUAUCAGACAGAAAUUAAUAAAUUAGUGAACUGUGUUUCUAAGAAGACAGAGAAUCUGACAACAAUCAAAGAUUUACUAAUAAGACAGGAAGAAGAGUUAAAGCUCAAGGAAACAGAAGCAGAAAAAGAAGAACUGCAAAAAAUUCAUGAAAGUGAAAUCAGUGAACUGCUAGAGAAACUUCUUACAGAAGUUGAUUUUAUAAAAACUGAAACUAAAUCAUCUUGUUGCAUUUUAUAAGGAGGAUUGAUUGAUCUAAACUGGACAUUUAUUCUGUGUACAUUUCAGUCAAAACAGUGGUUCUUAACCUUU